GCCUAGCAGGAUGGUCAUCGUUGACGAGAAUGACGUUGUUAAAAAUAACUUCGCAGGCCCUUACGAAGAAGGAGCAGAACUUAAUCUCCGAUGCCAAGUUUUCGGCGGAAACCCUCGGCCAAAAGUGGCCUGGUACAGGGGUGAAGAACUGCUGACCAAUUAUACCAGUCCCGGUGCGAGCACUGGCCUCGGCCCACAGGCACAGAGCUUGCUCAUCAUUCACAACCUGGGCCGAGGCGAUCUCAGGUCUGAAUUGACGUGCAUCGCGUCAAACAACAACAGAACCCUUCCGCUCACCUCGACCAUCCACGUUGACAUGAACUUUAAGCCUUUGGAUGUCCGGAUACAGGAAUCGAGUCAGCCUUUGUCCGCUGGCAGAAGAUACGAUCUCGUUUGUCUGUCAACCGGCUCAAGACCCCCUGCAAAGCUUACCUGGUGGAAAAACGGCCAUCGGCUUGACAGGACGAAAGAAUCGACUUCCAGCGAUGGGAAUACGACGACUAGCACCCUAUCGUUCGUUGCUAGCAAAGACGAUGAUGGCAAAAACCUUUCUUGCAGGGCUGAAAAUCCGGCCAUUUCCAGCGAAGUCCUCUAUGAUUACUGGACACUACAGAUUCACUACAUACCGGAGACAAAUAUUUCCCUGGGGACUUCCCUCAGGCCUGACGCGAUCCGAGAAGGUACCGACGUGUACUUCGACUGCAUGGUCAAAGCUGAGCCUAGCGUUUACAAAGUCGAAUGGAGGCACAACGGACGGAUGCUUAAUCACAACGUGGGACAAGGAGUAAUCAUCAGCAAUCAGAGCUUGGUGCUUCAAGGUGUGAGCAGGUCAAGUGCCGGAAAUUACACCUGCGUCGGUUUCAACACGGAGGGAGACGGGGAAAGCAAGCCCUUUUACCUCAACGUCAUGUACGCGCCGACUUGCAAACCCAACCAGACGAGAGUGCACGGCGUGGCAAAGCAAGAAAAGGCUAAUAUCUCAUGCGAAGUCGACUCGAAUCCUGCCGAAGUGACGUUUCGAUGGACUUUUAACAAUUCUGCCGAAAACAUGGAAGUCGCCUCGACGAGGAUAGAACGCCAUGGCACCUCGAGUAUGGUCACAUACACACCCAUGUCCGAACUUGACUAUGGAACCCUACUUUGCUGGGCGACCAACCGCAUUGGUCACCAAAGAGUACCCUGCGUCUACCACAUAAUCGCUGCAGGACGUCCAGACCAAGUACACAACUGUACGGUGGCAAACACGUCAAUGAGCUCUUUCUCUCUAAGAUGCUCGGAAGGCUUCAAUGGCGGUCUGCCGCAAAGUUUCGCCUUAGAGGUGCGCGAAGGCGGGACCGACGUGUUGGCCGCAAACCUUUCCUCACCCCUGCCGAGAUUCACGGUCCACGGCCUCCAGGCUGGAGUCAUGUACGAGGCGUACGUGUUCUCGGUGAACGUCAAAGGGAGAAGCGAACCUGUUAUGAUUCACGCCCCGACGCUAAGACUGCCGGAAAAACAACUGACGUCCGAUAGAGAGCGACCGCGGGCAGGAUUCCGUCUUACUCCAGUAAUGACGGUCGUCGUCGGCGUCGUGAGCUCCCUUUUCGUCGUCGCCUGCCUCGUCGCCGCGGUCCUGAGGGUCCAAUGUUCCCGGGACGACGAUCCGAGGAGGUCUAAACAGGACGUCGCACCGGCCAAAGCCCCUGGAUCAAGUCCUAAAGGCGACCUACCGCCAGAAGCGGACGAGAGAAAUCCGGACAUCAUCCCUCAACCUAAUUCAGAUGAGGAAGAGCACGAAUUCAUGAGAAAGAGGCAGUUGGUAUCUACAAUUGAGACGAGGACGUCACCGACGAGGUCCCUACUCCAGCCGGGACCCUAUCCCGGCUAUUGUACUCUCAGGAACGGCGGGAUGCCUCUUCAAGACCUGAGCAACAUCCCGACAAAACCGCAGGUGGGUGAGGUAGGCAUGUAUGGAGGAGGUGGCUGCACUCUUCCUCGCCACUGGGGUGGCGUUCCACCGAGGCAACCCUAUCAACCUCGAGGGGUGCCCGUCCUCCCGCCCCCGGAACCGUCAACUCACCCGGACUCCAACCCCCAGACGCCUCUCAUGACGAACAAAAGGGAGAGCCAGGUCUGACUAAUGACCAAGCUGUAAGCCACACCCGGCUUACACGGCGCCAAAUCAAAGCAGCGCGCCAUGGACGCGGACCGAUACCAGCAAACCGCCCCCUUCGCCACAGAUACGGCGUGUGAUUAAUUUUUUAAAGUCGACCCUUGCAAUCGGCCCGGGGCCUAUGAUGUUUGUGUACAGUUAUAGUUUUUCUCUUGAAUGUUUUUUAUCUUAACUUAGAAUAUAUUUCGGAUAAUUUGAAUUUCUUAAAGUACAGGGUUUUUUAAGAGAUAAUUUUCAAGAUCUUCUCACAUUCCCUUUAAGAGAAGCAUUUUGUGAUUGAAUCAUGCAAAUAAAUUCUCGGAAUUUAUUUGACUUCACAAAUAUCACAAUGACUACACAAAAUUGACGAUGUAAAACAUUGUGCUUUCAGUUUUGAUAUCAUCCAAACAAAUAAAAACACAAUUAUCAGUUAAACUUCCAUGUUUCCUUGGACAAAAGUGAAAAUGUGUUUAAACAAAUUUUUUUAUUUACAUUUCUAAUCUAUGAUUGAAUCCACACAUUUUGUACAUAAUGAAAAAAAAAUCAAAAUUGUAAUUAUAGAACAAGAGGCUCUUGGAACGUCAGCUCUGUAAAAGCGAUAUGAUAUUGUAAAUAUAUUUUUAAUAAUGAAAGACUUACAAAUGCAAUAAAGAACAAUACUUUUUCCCUUUGGAGCUUGAAUCUCGCAAAGUUCAUAAUGUAAAUUAUUGUCACGCUUAACUGUACCCUCAGGUUGGGACUUAAUUGGAUCUCCUCGCUUAUAGUUAAAAAGUACUGUUUGUUUUUUGUUUUUUCCUUUUUGUUACCCUCCCACUACGUAUAAUCGAUUAACUUAUAUUUUUGAAUAAUUAUAAAAAUGCUUAUCCACGCUCAAUGUUUUUUCUUAGUCAUCAGUAGGGUUCAAAUAGUUGUUUGGUUUUGAUUUAUUUCUCAACUAUUACUUUGUUUACAUAUAAUGUGUACUUUUUCACAACGAUAAAAUGACUAUACAAAUUAACCUUUAGGCUAAAUUAACUUUAUUUUAUAGUAACUAUUUAAUUUAAUCCAUGGAUA